AUGAGAACCAUCUCUUGUGGUCACACAGCGUCGGUCAUGACCAUGUUCAUUGUCGGGUUACUGGUACUUGCUGUUCAUAAUGUCAAUGGAGGAGGAGAUUCAGGAGAUUGUUUAAAAGAUUACAUUCAGGUCAUACAAGGCACCACUGGCAACCUACCUAGUGGAACUCCAAUUUUUAGUGUGCAAAUAAUAAAUGAGUGCCCCAGGGAUUGCAGCAUUGCCCAAAUCCAUCUCAGCUGUGAUUCUUUUGCAUCUGAGCUACUGAUCAACCCUAUGAUAUUCAGGAAACUUGGCAGUAAUGACUGCCUUGUUAACAAUGGAAAACCCCUUGCUAAUGGUGCUGUUAUCUCCUUCAAAUAUGCCUCUAGUGCCCAAUUCCCCCUUGCUGUUUCCUCCCUCACUUGCUUACCUUGA